UUGCCGGCGGCGGGAGGAAAUGGAGGCGGCGGGGCCGGGCGCAGGAGGAGGAGGAAGAAGAGGAGGAGGCGGCAGCAGCAGCAGCUGAGCGGGGAGGCGCCGCCGCCCGCAGCCGGGCGGGGGGGAUGCGGCGGCCGGGGCCGCCUCUCUGGGCCGCCGAGUGAGGCCGGAAGCAACAACUUUAUAUGGCUCAUGUCUGACAACAUGCACCACCAGUGGCUGCUGCUAGCUGCAUGCUUUUGGGUGAUAUUCAUGUUCAUGGUUGCUAGCAAGUUUAUCACGUUGACUUUUAAAGACCCAGAUGGCUAUGGUGCCAAGCAGGAGCCAUUAAUACUGACAGCUGUGACAAAAGUGGAGGAGGCACACAAGCCAGAGGAAGAACGUUGGCCUGAAGAAUUCCAGCCAACUGGAAAAGCUUUUACUGGAAAUCUGAUACGCCAACCCCUGGUUCAUAUGGAAAGGCUUGAGCUUCUCCGGAAUGUCUGCAGAGACGCUGCACUGAGAAAUCUCUCUCACACUGCAGUUUCCAAAUUCGUCUUGGACCGAAUAUUUGUGUGUGACAAGCACAAGAUCCUGUUUUGUCAGACACCGAAAGUGGGCAACACUCAGUGGAAAAAAGUCUUGAUCGUUUUAAAUGGAGCAUAUUCUUCCAUAGAAGACAUCCCAGAAAAUAUUGUACACGAUCACGAGAAGAAUGGCCUUCCACGCUUGUCCUCCUUCAGUGACUCUGAAAUUAAAAAACGACUGAAUUUAUACUUCAAGUUUUUUAUUGUUAGAGAUCCAUUUGAAAGACUUAUCUCUGCAUUUAAAGACAAAUUUGUGCACAAUCCUCGCUUUGAACCUUGGUACCGGCAUGAAAUUGCUCCUGGCAUCAUUCGUAAGUACAGAAAGAAUCGCACAGAGACCAAAGGGCUGCAGUUCGAGGAUUUUGUGCGCUAUCUGGGCGACCCUAACCACCGCUGGCUGGAUGUUCAGUUUGGCGAUCACAUCAUUCACUGGGUAACAUAUGUGGAACUUUGUGCCCCCUGUGAAAUUACGUACAGUGUGAUUGGACACCACGAAACCCUGGAGGACGAUGCUCCAUACAUCCUGAAAGCAGCUGGCAUAGACCAUCUGGUGUCGUACCCCACCAUUCCACCAGGCAUCACAGUGUACAACAGAACAAAAGUAGAGCGGUAUUUUUCAGGAAUUAGCAAGAGGGACAUAAGACGCCUCUACGCUCGCUUUGAAGGUGAUUUUAAACUCUUUGGUUAUCGGGAGCCAGAUUUCUUGCUGAACUGAAACCUGGGAUAAGCUCCGGAGAAGCGUCUAAUGGAUUAAUCUAAACCUGGGUGAAUACCAGCUGCGACACUGACAGAGCUGAGAAUGACCAUUUGUUUUCUAGCUUUUUGAUGUUGCUCCAUUUUUUCAGUGAGAUACUUGUCAUAUGAACAAUUAGGGGCUUAUAGUUGUUGUUUACUGACCAUAUUUUCAGUAUGUGACAUUGCAAUGUUAGGAAUGAAGUCUGUUAUCUAAAAUACAGCAUUCUACUUCUCCCCUUUUUUCCUCCAGAAAAAAAAGAGGAAGAACAAAUGGGUGAUGAUCUUCCCCCUCCCUCUCCCAGAGAGAAUGCAAUUUAAAAAAAUGUUGCGAAGUAUUUAUAAAGAUGGCAAUUUCAUUGUAGGUUAACUCUGACAUGUGGGUGAACUUGAUGAUUCAUGCUCAUGAGAAAGGCAUGUAGUCCCAUGAGCUACAAAAAUUAAAGGCCAGUACAGGACUAAAAAUUGAUUGAAUGCUUUACAAGUAAAAUCAUCUAGGUUCUGUCAUGUGGCUGCUAUAAUAAUAGUAAUGCUGAUCUAAUCCCAUUUUUGUUUGUCACAAAAUGAACCUGAUUUGACAGAAGCUUCAGAACUGUUCACAAAGGGGCUGGUUCCAGAGCCAGUUGUCUUUGUAUUUUUGUCAAGUGUUUACUGUACUUACUACUAGUCUGAUGAGUCUCAUAAUUCUACUUUUGAUUUUCAAAGUACUGUUUAAAGCUAAAGCACUGUGUAAAUUAUCUGAGAACACCAGGCGCAAGUGGAGCAUAGAAAAAAUACAAAACUAUUAGGGAAAUUUAAUUUAAAAUAAAGAAUUAAUUGUAUUUGUGGGAGUACAUACAGAAAUCGAAGAUGAUUUCUAAAUAUCACACACUUUAACUUAUUUUGUCUUCUAACAGUUAAGAUUAGUAAGGAAGCCACAAAAGCAGGAUACCCUGUAAAAGAGCUGCUAGAGUUACUUGGAUUAAUGAUCUACCUUUUUCUCAUAUCCUGCCUUGAUCAGUGUUCAUUACCUUAGAGAACAGAAAAAUUCUUCCUGAAAACUCAUCUCGCUUCUGCUGAAGGAGGCAGGAUUUGAAUCCUUGUUGUUGUUUUUUUUUUUUUUCCAGUGAUUCACUGUCAUGCUGUCUGGGGUUAAAAAUGCCCAACAUUUGUGUUAUCGAUAGGUGCAGUGGCAACUUGCCAGGAGUUUUAGUGUCACUUAAAUUUCUGUACGCAUUUUAUACAUAAAAAAAAAAAAAAGACGAAAACCAGAACUGAGUGAAUGCAGCCAUAAUAUUUGCCUGUGCUCGCAUUGUGUCUGGUAAAGGGACGUCUUGUGUUUGAGUUCACCAGCAAUAAAAAUCAGUGUGCUGCCGCCUCAUCCUGCAGUACAUGGGAGAGACCCCAGACCUGAAUUACAGGCGCUGGUCUGUCACAAGUAUGCAUGUGAGCUUUUGUUUCUAAAAUCUUGGUCCUAAAGGAUUACUUUUCAGAUCAGUAUAACAUUGCAGGCUAGAAAAGCUAGUGGUGGUCAGUGCUGUGGAAUCUGCUCUUGAAUCCAGCCACAGUAUGUUUUUGAUAGCUCCCUCUGUCAACAUGAGGAAGCAUCUUGCAGUUGUGGAAAAGGAAGGCUGUGGCAAACUGACAUGCUCUGCUAUCCACAAAAACGAAGCCAUGUUGUGAGUUCAGAGACAUCUCGACAGACUGAUUGAAAUAAGGGAGACUCAUUGACCGAGCAUCAUUAGGAAAAGAGUAGUCCAAGGUGGCAUAACUGGAAGGUGAGAUUUUCUUGUUUUAUUUUUUUGAAAAAGAAGCAGCAGUUACAGUGCCCUAACUUGUUAGUUCUUAACCAAUGAUAAAAAGAUGUUAACAGCUCCAGGUUUUUCUGUGUUUUUCUUAAUACCGGAGCUUAGCAAAAUGUAUUGUUAAAUGCAUUUUGGAGCUAAUGAGCUGAUUGAUUACCUCUCUGCCGAUUUAAAAUGUAACAGUGUGAAUAAUGUAUAGUGAAUUCAGGCCUUAAAGUUUAAUUCUAAUAAAGAUAAAAGUAGAGUUGUUUUCCUCUGGAAGCAUAAGCUACUGAUCACACAGAA